GGCAAGGAGGUCAUGCAUACCUGCAAGAAUGGCUUUGGUGGGCAGGGCUGCUGUGCAUGGGAGUUGGAGAAGCAGCAAAUUUUGCUGCCUAUGCCUUUGCCCCUGCAACUCUGGUAACUCCACUGGGUGCUCUAAGUGUCCUUGUUAGUGCAGUUCUGUCUUCCACCUUCCUGAAUGAGCAGCUGAAUGUUCAUGGGAAGAUUGGCUGCAUCCUGGGUAUGCUGGGCUCUAUGGUGAUGGUGAUCCAUGCUCCACAGGAAGAAGAGGUUUGCAGCCUGGAGUCAAUGGCAGAGAAGCUGAAAGAUCCAGGAUUCAUUGUAUUUGCUGUGUGUGUCCUGGUGAGCUCCCUUCUGCUUGUCUUUGUGGCUGGACCCCGUUACGGACAGAGCAACGUCCUGAUUUAUGUUUUGGUCUGCUCUGCCAUCGGCUCACUUUCUGUGUCCUGCGUCAAAGGCUUGGGGAUUGCCCUGAAAGAACUGUUUUCCGGGAAGCCAGUCUUGAAAGAACCACUGGGCUGGGUGCUCCUGGUGUGCCUGGUGAUCUGCAUCAGCGUCCAAAUCAACUAUCUGAACAAAGCCUUGGACAUCUUCAACACAUCUGUGGUCACACCUGUUUACUACGUGCUGUUCACCACAGCAGUCAUGAUGUGCUCUGCCAUCCUCUUCAAGGAGUGGCAACACAUGGUGCUAGACAACAUCAUCGGCACCAUCAGCGGCUUUCUCACCAUCGUGUCCGGCAUCUUCCUCCUGCACGCCUUCAGGGACAUACCCUUCACCCCCGACCUCCUGCCCCUCUUCCUGCAGCAAGGCAGGGCAGACCUGCAUGCCUCCUGGAGAAGUGCAGACAGACAUCAGUCAUGUCAGCACCAGCCUCUUCUGCCCUCAGAGGACAAAGGCUCUCAGAGCGCAGAGGAGGAAGAGGAGGAGGAAGGUGAGAGCGUGUGA